AAGAGCAAGAGUUUGAACAAAAUAAAUUAUCUAUUUAUCUAUCUAUUUACCUAUCGAUUAACUAUUGGUUGUAAACAAAAAUAGUUUGAAACCAUUGACGAAUUCCUCUCUCUCUCUUAUCCUUCCUCCUCAUUUGUUGUGAUUUGUUGUAUGUGUGAAGUGCCACUUGUGUUUCUUUGACUCCCUAUCAAUUAUUCUUAAUAAAUAAAUUCAUAUUGUAGAUUCAAAUAUUGUCUUGUUUUUCUAUUCUUAUAUUAGACAUAUAUUCUUGUUAAUAUUUGUGGAGAAUAAUAUAUUUUAUAGCUAUAUUGUUAUUGAAUUUGAAUUUGUUAUUGUUGCAUUUGUUUUUGGUAGGGAUCAAUGGGAUCUUGCCUCUCAGGAGCUUCUUCAGCUCCUUCUUCUCAAAAUAACACUCAUUAUUAUUAUGAAUCUCCAUAUAAAUUUUAUAACAACAAUACACAUGAUUCGAAUCCGGAAUUGCGGUUGCAUCGAAUUCCUGAAAGAAUAUUUUUGAAUGGUUCAUCUCCUUAUUCAUCCUUGUUUUCUAAACAAGGUAGCAAAGGCAUCAACCAGGAUGCAAUGCUUCUUUGGGAGAAUUUUGGUUCCAUGGAUGACUGCGUAUUUUGUGGUGUAUUUGACGGACAUGGACAAUAUGGACAUGUGGUCGCAAAGAAAGUUAGAGAUGCUUUUCCAUUAAAGAUAAUGAAUGAAUGGAAUUCACAUCGCGGUGGAGAUGGUAACAAGAAUAACGACAACAAUAAUAAUAAAAAUUAUAACCAUUUCAAGAUGAUGAGAGAAUCAUUUGUGAAGGCAUCUAAGUCUAUGGAUAGAGAACUCAAACAACAACAUUCCAUGGAUUCUUAUGGAAGUGGGACAACUGCUGUUAACUUGAUCAAGAAGGGACAAGAACUAGUUAUUGCAAAUGUUGGAGAUUCGAGAGCUGUUUUAGGUACCCGAGAUCCAGAUGGUUCUCUGAUUGCACUUCAACUAACAACUGACCUAAAGCCGAAUCUUCCAAGGGAAGCAGAGAGAAUUAUGAUGUGUAAAGGAAGGGUGUUUGCCCUUGAGAACGAAGGAAUUGCUCGACUUUGGCUUCCCAAUGUUGAUUCCCCGGGGCUAGCUAUGGCACGUGCUUUUGGUGACUUUUGCCUCAAGGACUUUGGACUCAUAUCUAUUCCAGAAGUCUCCUAUCGCCGCCUCACUGACCAGGAUCAGUUUGUAGUCUUAGCCACAGAUGGGAUUUGGGAUGUUAUGUCCAACGAACAAGUUGUGAACAUCGUCGCAUCUGCUCCACGAUCUUCUGCUGCUAAACUACUUGUGGAGUCGGCUGUUCUAGCAUGGAGGACAAAGCUUCCAUCUUCGAAGCCCGAUGAUUGCUCUGCAAUAUGUCUCUUCUUUCAUCCACAGGGAAAUUCUUCACCUAACACUAAUACUAGUAUCGUUACGGGAUCUAGAGAAUCACCCUACAAGACUAAACAAAAGCACCAAUAGCAUAUGAUCUCGGUUUCUUUUCUCAACCCUCACUCUUUUUGUUAAAGAAGGUUGGGAGUUUUUUUAGUUUUUGUUGGUUUUUAUGUCAAUAUUCUUUUCACCAUUAUUCUUUUUUCUGUGUAUAUUUGGUAGAUCAUGUGAACAUUUGUAAAUCCAUGUCUCUUUUUUAAUUUAUAAACACAUUUCCCUUUUGCA